AUGAAUCAUUCAACGAGAAAGUAUCGCCCUCGGACUCGUACGGCCAAGAAAAAAUCACCUAAUGUCCUUGGUUUGAAGCCUAAAGUGGCGCCUGCUCCCCCAGAAAUAUCAUUCCCGGCUUGCAACCUUGUCCGCAAGCGGGACAUCGAAGAACUUUCAGAAGACGACGAAGGUUUCCCUGCCGGUCUGGAAGGCCACACGCGCCGACGAUGCGAUUCGAGCUCUUCUGUGGAUACGAUCUGCCCACCCACGCCACGCGCAUUUCGCCCUAUGCUCCACGAGUCUCACUCCGAAAGCUUGUCGACGAGCCCGAAGUCAAAUAUGCGAAUCAGCCACAAACGCUCUGGAGGGUCUUCUGACACCGAAUUCAACCCUGUUCGAGCUACCAGUGGCCUCAUCCGCGCUCCCUCCAUGUAUCUUGGAUGUGAGAAAGGCGACACACUCUUCGCGAACGAUGCGGACGACGAAGAAUUUUUCGGGGCCACUGGCAGCCUCAACUGCGACUUCUCCUUUCAUUUUGACCGUGAGGCGGAGACGCACGAGUCUCCCUCUUGGUCGGACAACAGGGCUCUCUCGGCAGGGAGCUGCCUUUGGAGGAACUCAAACCAACCUGCAGACACGGUCGGGCGGAGUCAGUUCUCGCGCGCGCCGACUCAUAGAUCUUUUGCCUCCGGGAAGGAAAAUGCUUUUGAUGCAGACCAGCUAUUGGAGGACCAAGCCUUUCUCAGCGAUUGGGCAAGGUCCGCAGUGGAGCUAAACUCCAGGGACAAUGAGUCCUUGAAUGAUGAAGCUACAUCCGAUGCCGCGGUGAGACCCACUUCUAGACAGGGAUAUAAAGAUACUUUCGUGAUCGGGAAGUCGCCCGAUCCUGAUGUUGUCGAAGGUCAUGACGACAGGGCUCUUCGUGAUCUUUUUCACUUGGAUAUUAAAGUCCUCCACAAGUGGGUUGCCGUGUGGGAUGCUCAGGUCAAGGACGUCUGGACAUGGAAUGGAAACCUUCAUGUUAGCGCCACCGGGCCGAUCUCAGAGGAAUUGCUGAGCGGCUGCACAUCUCGCGUCCAAGAAAUCAUAUUCUACUCUGUCGACCGGAGUAAUCCUGAUAUCAAGCUCGACUAUGAGAGCACUGUACAACAGGGUCAAUAUGUGGCUAGGUAUCCCCGCCAGCCUCUGGCUCCAUCGCGGACCGUUCAAUGCGGCGUGGAACCCGUGCAUCGGAUCUCCGUCGACACUUCAUGGAAGAGCGUGGAACCUGGCUGCGAAGACGCACAAGCUGAUGGCACACGCACACUAGGCUUCCGUGUCCCCAUGCCUAUGAAACUGUUUAGUGGGUAUGAGGGCCGAAAAUUCCGCGUACGCGCAAAAGUCCGGCUGGCAUUCACGUCCGAAAACGUACCCGAAGUCAUUGUGGAUUCGGGUGUGGUAGACGUCGGUAUCGAGAGUCUGCGAACGGACAAACACAUGCGGUGA